UGUGUUUGAAAUGUUGCCGGGAAAUCCGAGUUUCGCGGGAGGGCUCUCGAGCGCGUAAAGCGUUUCCCUUCCCUUCCAUUCAUCGGGCCCGCUUCCUGGAGCCACUUCUCGACGGGCUGGACGAGACUUGCGCGACUUUUUUUUCAUCCGCCGCAUCUGCCUCAAUGCACGCACCCCAGGGCGAGCGCUUUGCGAAAGUCGAUGAUUCAGACGUUCAUCUUUGCUUCGCGCUGAUUAUUUUUGUCACUCGCGAGCUGGAUUAGCAACGAGAGCGGCUUGAAAAGUGUCGACGCGGAACGGAGCGGAAAAAAAAAAGCAAGGGGGGGGGUGGUAGCACCCGAGUACAAGAUGAGAAGAGGGAUCUCUUCGGCUCCGGACAAAGUGAUUUUAGCGGGCGUCGGGGGCUCUCAUCUGGACAGUAACAUCAUUUUGACGGCGCUCUCGGAUCGCUUGAACCCGGCUCAGGCCAACGCGACUUUUAUCCAAAUCAUAACGACGCCGCCGCCUCGCAACGUCGCCCAGACGUCAAAUGUAUGCUCGUCCGAGCCCUCCGUCAACAACAUUUACACAACUCCACAACAGGCUGCGGCCAACGGAGCGGGACAUCGACCCGCAUUAGGAAGACCACCGGCCAAAAGGCGGCUGGCCCUCGACGAGUCGGACCACCAGUACCAGUCGGAACCAUCGAGGACCCCGAGGGGCAGAGGGGGCGCUGCGUUGGCCAAUGGAGCGCUUUUAAAGACUCCCAAGACGCCCAAGUCUCCACCGGAGAGGACGCGCUACGACACCUCCUUGGGCCUCUUAACAAAGAAGUUUGUGGACCUGCUGGCCCAGUCUGUCGAUGGAGUUUUGGACCUUAACCUCGCCGCAGAAACUUUGCAGGUGCAGAAAAGGAGAUUGUAUGACAUCACCAAUGUACUUGAGGGCAUCCACCUCAUCAAGAAGAAAUCAAAGAACAACAUUCAGUGGAUGGGCUGCAGUCUGUUGGAGGUCGAGGGCUCGCUGAACCAGAGGCAAAGACUGACGGCAGAAGUUUCAGCGCUGAUGGAAGAAGAGCAGAGGCUUGAGCAGCUGAUCCAAAAAUGCAGCUCGGACGCCAGGCACAUUAUCGAGUUGCCCAGCAAUGAGGAAUUUGCGUAUGUGACUUAUGAGGACAUUAAACGGCUGGGAAACCUCCAAGAUCAGACUGUGAUUGUUGUCAAAGCGCCCACAGACACCAAACUGGAAGUGACAGACCCCGACGAGAGUCUGUCCAUCCACUUGACCAGCACCAGAGGUCCCAUAGAGGUUCUGUUGUGUCCAGACGAGGAGAGCGAGCACACUAGUCCGGUGAAAAACGGCGGCGUGGACAUCAACGGGAAUUCUCCUUUCCUCAAAGUCAUUCAAGAGCCAACCGUCCCGAGCCCGUCCCCCGGCACCUCCGCCACCGUGUCCGUCACGGCCCUGUCGCCCAUCACGUCUCCGUACACCAGUCUCCUCCAGCAAACGGAAGACCAGAUGCCCUCGUCGCUGGGGCCCUUCUUGAACCUGGGGCCUCCUUUGCUGGAGCAAGAAGACUACCUUUUAGGAUUGGGCGAUGACCAGGGAAUCAGCGACUUGUUUGACACCUGUGACUUUGAUAGGAUGCCCUCGCUCGGCCUGGAUGACCUCCUGUGCAGCUAGCGCUAGCUGAUCCAGAUCCCGGCCAGGCGCAUCGAAGUGAGUUGAAGAUGUGCCGAGCUCGGUCGGAGGCCUGCGACUGAGUAGUUAGUACGAGGCAAUUCUAAAUACAAGGAAAUUCAACUAAAAAAAGGGCUAUUCAACCCACCCCCGCCCGAUCCCAGGAA